UGCCCCCUCCCUUCCCUCUCCCCGGCAGCGGCAUGACAUGGCAACAGGCAUGGGCGCUGAGGCAGAGGAGGAGGAGGCAGCUCAAUGCGCCCUCUGCACUGUGGCUGCUCGCCGCUCCUGCUGUGCAGAUCCCACUCUUCUUCACCUGGAUAUUCACCAUGCGCCACAUGGCUCUGUCAGCGCACCCAGGAUUCGACGUGGGCGGGUGUCUGUGGUUUGAGGACCUCACAGCUUUCCCCCACGGCGUGUUAGGCUGGGUGCUUCCCCUCUCCAUCGCUGCUUCCUUCUACUCCUCACUGCAGGUGAUGAUGCCGCUGCACAAGAUGGGUGUGAACACUGCAUCUGACAAGGCCAUGCUGGCCUACCGAACCUUCCUCGAAUUCCUCACUCUCCCAACUCUCUAUGCUGCACUCAACGUUCCCCAGGCAGUGCACGUGUACUGGCUUACCAACAACACCUUCACUCUCGCUCAGGCAUUGGCACUCAGAUCCCCCACCAUCCGCCAAGCCUUAGGCCUGCCCACCAUCGCACAGCUACAAGCCUUGCAGCAGCAGCACGCUCGGGCUGCUGCCUCCUCUAGGGCUGCUGCUGCCAAUGGUGCUGCAAAUGGUGAUGCCACCAGUUUUGGAGGCGCAGGGAGUGUGGGGCAGUUGAUAUCAGAGCAGGAGAUUGCACGGAUGACAAACCCGCAUACUUUGCUUGUGGCUGCAGCACAACUCAAGGCGGCAGGCAGUGUGGAUCUAGCUGCUUGCGCUCUGAGGCGUGUUCUGGAGAUUGACCAAUCAGCAUCCUCUGCAUGGCUGGGAUUGGGUCAGAUGCACAGCGGUGCAGGGCGGUGGGUGGAGGCAGCUGAAUGCUUCUCCCAGGCGAUUAACCACUCCAAGGAGCGUGCUGACGUGGCAGUACAGCUGGCAGCUCACCUGGGUGCGGGUGUGGCAUUGGCACAGCAGAGCCGUCCUUUAGAGGCGAAGGCACUGCUGCAGGUGGCACCAGAGACGGUGCUGGAGGGGGAGCAGAAGAGAGACCCAUUGAACCGACGACGGCACGCACAGGCCAUGCUGGCCCUUGCAAGCCUCUUGAGUGCAGAGGGGAACCCCAGGGAGGCGAGAAAGUGGGUGGUAGCAGCAGCAGACUACGACCCUUCUGUGCUGGAUACAUUCGGACAGGAGCUUGAGGGAGAGGGGGAGGAGGGGAAGGGCGUGGUGCAAGGAAAGGGGGGAGUGGUGUAA